AUGUUUAAUACCGAGUCUCCAUUUACGCAAACACAUGGUGCCAAAUACUCAACGAAAAAUGCUGAGUUGCUUAAUUACCAGUUAAAAAAUGAUUACCUGGCUUCAAUAGACCAGCUUCACAAUUUGUCAUCAUCAUCAACAUCAACAUCAACAUCAUCAUCAUCAUCAACAUCAACAGCAACAUCAUCAUCAACAUCAAACCACCAAAUAACGGGCAAUAGAGUAUACCAGGAUCCAUUCAAUGCCCAACUACAAAAAAGAAUCGAUAGCGGCUCGACCUCGGUAAGUUUGAGCACAAUGCCCAGCCUCAUGUCUUCAAAUGCUUCUACAUCCCCAUCAGAUACGGAAGAUGAAACAGUGUUAGCUAAGUCGCAAUACGAGCAGCCCAACUAUGUAACGCUUAAAAUACUCGUGGAAAGAAGUAUACUUGAAACCAUGGACAAUGAUGGUACGGUAUUAACUUUGGAAGAGUUUGAGCAUGUCAAAUCCAAGAUUGAAGAGCAAAACGAGCUCAAAACGUACCUCAAGUCAAAGCUCCUGCUAACACACCAGUUUAUAAAAGCAAUACUAGACGAUAGAGAGAACAGUGAUAAUGGUGCCAGUGAAAUUGACGCGUCUUUUCUCAAGAGGACCUUAAAGAUCUCGCUGUCUCUACAACAGAAUCUCGAUAACGUGAAUGACGAUUUAAUAAACCUCCAGAAAAAAUUGUAUCAACACAUAAUGUCGUGCUGGAUGUUGUACGUUGACAACAACGACCCAUUUGAGUUGGCAUACAAAUAUGGAGCUGACAACAGCAGCAACAUCAAUAACAUCAGCAACAGCAACAGCAACAGCAACAGCAGCAAUGACAAUGGCAAUGGCAAUGGAAGUAGGAGUAACUUGACUAACUCAUUGCAUUCUCGUGCAACUACAAAAGAGGUUGAAUCUAUUUUUGCGUACAUUGCCAGUGUUGCAGCUCAGCAUAAUAUCACACUCCCAACUCCAGAGCCAGAACAAGGCUCUUCACUGACUGCAUAUCUUGAACAAUGCAUAAAUACAUUAGUCCUAAAAGCACCGGCAACAUCAUCGACUACCGAAAGCUCUUUGUCAAAAAAUGAUCAGUUUUUUUUCACCUCAGUGGCUUCGUCGCCUACUUCAAUAAAAUCACCAAUAAAAUCUGCUUCCGAAUACAAGACAGCAAUGAACGACCUACAAUUCACAAUCCAAUUCUUAACUAAGGAAUUGGAAAUGUCCAAGACAAGUUUAUCUAAACUUACACAGAAACUCAAUCGCUUAGAAUCGGAACGCAACUCGUCAACAACAUCUACAGGCAAGAAGAUCAUUGGCAACAACAAUAACAUGAACAACAACAACAACAACAACAACAACAACAGCAGCAGCAGCAGCACCACCACCACUACCACAAGCACCACCACAACACAAGAGACCUCAUAUCCACUGAAUCUUUCCAUCGAUAAAGAUGAAGAGAUUUCGCGACUCAGAAGAGAAUUGUACACAUUGAAAAUAUCAACACAGCCAAGCCCUCCAAACACAAGCACAAGUGCCUCGACCCAUCUAUCAGCAACAUCACCUUUGUUCAACUAUAUAGCACCAUCAACAAAUGUGUCUCCAGUGACGGGAGGAUCGUUGGGACCAGCAAUGGAACACUCUCGACAGGGCUCAAGUGAUCAUGAACUCAAUGUGCACAAUGGUAAUCGAGAUUCAUUUGAUUCUUCUAGAGGUACACAAGCAGCAGCAGCAACAACAACAACAACAACAACAACCACAGCGCCACCAUCCUCUUCGUCGUCGUCAUCCGGUGUUGCCAAUGCAUUGUUGAGAAAAGAGUUUAAAAAGAUUGUCAAUGAAAUGCAAGAUCAGUAUGAGUUGGACUUAACAGCAGAACGAAUGCGUAGGAAGAAACUUGAAGAGGAACUUGCACAACUCAGAAGCAACUCUUUAUAA